GGCCGUUGAGCCCACGUGAAACCGUUUUGGUGGAGCCCCUGGACGUUUUUUGCCAUUGUCAAUCGUUGUUUUUUCGGAGAAAUUGGACCCCUGUUUAUUGCUUGUCUGUUUACCUACGACAUUACAACCAUAACUACCCUGUUCAUGUAAAGCCAGUCAGUCUGGGCUUGCAGCGACCAACCCAUACUUGGGACGAGGCAUUGGGGAAGCAGGUCUUUAGUUUUUCCAUAAACCACUAGAAACCUCGGAGGUUCUUUUCCCCAAGUCAGUUCUGAUGAGAAGGGAUCUGGGAUGCUAACUAGUUGCACAAACUUUUUUGCCAACUUGAACCCCCCUCACCGGAAAGAAGCCCAGGAGCGCACUGGCCUGAAACGCAGCUCGAUCGGUCUGAAAGUCUAGGAAUCCCUUUACAACUCUAACCGCAAAGCCCACUUUCAACUUACUCGCGGAAGCUUUUGGCGACGAGACAAACGACGUGUUUGUUCAAUGCCGACCACAUUCCAGAAAACCGCUUUUUGGUUUCUUCUCACUUGACCUUUUCAGUUUGACUAACGCGCAUUCUCUCGUGUGCAGUUUUAAAUCCAGUACGUCUAUCAAAGUAAACAGACCGGGUCAACCAGGGACCAGAGCCUGUAGAGCUUGUAAUUCUUUUUUUUUUUUCUUUUCUUUUUUCUUGUUCUUUAUUGCAUCGGCUGGGAUCGAGAAGGUUUGAGGAAGCGCCUGUCCCCGGUGGCAAGGUUUUUUAUGGUAUAGAAAGUCAAAUGAGCCACGGGAUUGAUAUCGCCAAAGUCGUUUAUACAGAUUGCGCUGGCGUAUAACGUUGUCAAAGCCUGAAAAAGAGUCUCAACAGAGCUCUACUGGUUAGCCUUGGACCACGAUCCUCUGCAAGGAAUAGUCACAGUCAGCAAUGGGCGACCGUCGGCAUGACCGGGACGAGAGCAGCGACGAGGAGCUGGAGCUCUUCUCGAGGCCAAAAAGCCUACCGUCGCCGCCCAAGUCGCCCAAUGAUCCCAAGUCGCCCAAUGAUCCCAAGUCGCCCAGCGCCCACUACAUGCGGGUCGACGCCGACGAAAACGCCCAGCUGCUGUCGCCGGGGCAGUUCAACUUCCACGAAGAUGACGACGACGAGGAUGACGGCCUGGACGACCUGGAAGCCGGCCAACGGACGCCGGUAGAGGAGCAGAGCUUGGCUGCCAAGCCGGCCCGUCGUCGGGGCUGGAGCUGGUGGCCAAGGAGACGUGGUGGAGACCCCAACGGCAAUGGCCUCGCCAAGGGUGGUGGGGCCGAGCGAGCUGCCAGCACGGGAUGUUGCGGUCUUCGCAUCCCGCCUUGGCUCGUCAGGCCCCUCGUCAUCCUGCGCCUGUUCCCGUGGGAUGGACCGGAUGAGCAUGCGGUGCACUCCAUUACUCCCUUCUUCCCCAACAUCCAGGACUAUCCCGUACGAUGGCUGGAGUACAGGCUAGGAACGGGAACACCGCGGCGUACGGCGCUGGCCAUGUUUACGGGGCUGUGGUUGCUCCUCUUCACCCUUUUUUUGUCAAUAGGAUACUCUGGUUACGGCGGCAGUCCACCAAUAGUAAGUUUGUCGUGUACGGAUACGCUUUGGCCAAAGGGUAACGACUGCGGACUCAACGGGAUCGACUGCAAGCCAUUCUCAAACCACACCUUUAUCGUUCACUGCCCGCCCGGCUGUGCCUCAGUAGGCCUGCCCGAGCCUAGAAUCGUUGGCACGGAGCUUCUCCAGGAAACGCCGCUCGUCAUCGGCUCCGGCUUCUACCGCGGCGACUCUUACCUCUGCGCAUCUGCAAUACACGCCGGCGUGCUUUCCAACGGAGGUGGCUGCAGCCAGAUCAAACGCAAGGGACCGGGCACCCAGUUCCAUGCAUCCGACGCCAACGGCGUCAAGUCAUUCGCCUUCGACUCUUACUUCCCCAUGGCCUUCACCGUGGUCGAGUCGGACACCUGCGGCAUCUCGAACCCGAUCGUGCCGCUGCUAAUCCUCACCCUCUUGUUCACCGUCGUGCUCUGCAUCUUCACCGUCCACCCGGCGGCGCUCUUCUUUUCCAUCAUGGCCGCCCUCUUCGCCUUGGUCGGCCUGGCCUCGGACCCGCCGCCCGUCUCGCACUACUCCACCACCGUCCUGCCAGAACUCCUCUCCACCUUUGUGGCCCGCCUCCUCCCGGCCGUCUUCGUCGCCCUGACCCUCUAUCACUUUGUCAUCUGCCGCGCCCUGGGCGGCGACUUUCCGCGAACGGGCCUGCUCCCCCUCCGCGCGCAGUACGAGAAGCUCUGGCUCUGGCUGCUGCCGCUGUGGCUCGGUGCCAUGGCCAACCACGUCCUCGGCUGGGCCUUCCUCACCCGCUUCAAGCCCUUCGCCAUCGUCAUCGCCGCCGCCCUCAUCUGCGCCGCCGCGGCCCAACAGUCCGUCACCCUAUGGCGCGAGGGCCGCCUUCCGGGCUUCAUGCGCCUGUACGGAGCCCUCCUCGCCGCCCUGAUCCUGUCCGCCAUCCUCCUCCCCGGCGUCGAGCUUCAGACUCCUCCCUACGCGCUCGCCCUCAUCCUCCUGCCCCUCACAGCCGUGCAGACGCGGCCCUCGCUCGCCUACCAAGGCUUCCUCCUCGGCCUGCUGAUCAACAGCGUCGCGCGCAACGGCUUCGCGCCCGUCCUGCUCCCGCACCACCGUCCCGUCGCGCACCCGCUGCCGUCGCUGCUCGGCGAGCCGCGCAUCAAGGACGUGCCGGGCGGCUACCUCAGCAUCCAGUUCGAGUGGGUCGUGCCGACCAUCGACUACACGACUGCCAACGAGAACUCGGUCAUCGAGGGCAUCAGCGUGCUCGUCAACGACGUCGAGCGCCACCGCGCCUUCUUCCAAGAGCCUAAGCGCGACAAGGACCACGGCGCGGGCGGCGCAAAGGGCUUCGUCUGGGCCAGGGCCGAGGGCGCCGACUUUCCAGAGUAUUUCCGGUUCGGGUACAUCAGGGAGGGCAAGAAGGCGCUCGAGUACACCAAGGCUGGGAUUUGGAACGCCAACGGGACUUGGGUUCCUCCAGAGGGUUCUUGAGGUUUUACUUUUUGCCUCCCGUCGCCUUUCCUCUCUCUAAAAUCCUAGAGUGCAUAGGAUUAGGUUGAUUGCCCGAGCUGGCGUGUUUAUUUAUGGUGUAUGAAACGCUUAUGUAUAGUGAUAGUUGACGCCCUCUUUCUGUAUAGAUGAGCAUAUUUGUUGUUAGCUUCUUUUUGGCAUGAUACGACUUUCUCGUCCACUUUCCUACGCAUUUGUGUUCCCACAACUUGGUUGUUACACACGACCGCAAUUUAUGUUCACCUGUUGGUAGGUGUAAUUUCUGUCGAGC